CGACAACUAUUAAAUUUUAUGUAAAUUCAGCCAAAACAAACAAGGAAAGAGAAGCAACAACUACAACAAAGAACUUAGUCUGCUUUACAUUAGGUGACAUGCAUUUGUUUUUGGUACUAAAAAUUUCUAACAGUCUUACCCCCGGGAUGGAACAUUUGAGUGACAGUUACUUCCUCUUUUCAAGUUAGACGCCCUGCAUUGAGCAGAUGUAUUGCAGUUUGUUCGAGCAAGUGGCGAGACAGUGCUUCAUACAGACAGUUUUCUAAACGCGAAGAAAAUGGCCUAUGUAACUAGAGGACAGGGGAUUGGAGCAAUUGUGCUCGGCAUCCUGAAACUGCUUAUCGGUUUGGUUAUCGUAAUCAUUGGGUUCGUUUUGAAGUCAAAGAUCGACAAUGCUAUCGUCGCAUGUUUUUGGGCCGGCUUUGUGUUCAUGUUCCCAGGGAUACUUGGUAUUAUUGCUGGUGCUACGAAAAAUGCAUGCUGUAUGGUCACAUAUAUGAUAAUAAACAUUAUCAUCUUCAUUCUAUUCGGGACCGGAGCCAUUGCCAUCUUCGUUAUCAUUGCAGCAUAUGCAACUGUGAUUUCUGAGGCAACCACAUACUGUUUGGGCUACGGCAAUUCGUGCAACUGCAACUAUGAUGGGACCAGCUAUUCCUUUGGGGUGUCAUGUGACAUGCUGAGUUCAAUCACCGCUGCAAUGUGGGGAGUUGCAAUUUCCUGUCUCUUUGCUGGUCUCCUGUCAUUGGCAUCAUGCAUUCUUGGUUGCAUUUCUUCAUGCUGCACAAGCCCACCACCAACUGGUAUUGUAUACCAGGAGCAACCCCCUGCUGCAGGCAACAUUAUAAUAUCAUCUCAGCAACAACAAAGCAUGAAUGUAGGGGGGUUCGGUGCUCCUCCAGCCUAUGCCAAUCAGGGAUACAUUCCACCAAAACCUGGUGUUGUUUAACAUGAUGUCAAUCCAGUUUUCUGGAGUGGAACAGAUAAAGACAAACUUGUGUUCCCUAACAAGAUUUUGUUUCUACUUUUUGAAGUUUUUUGAUUUAGUAUACAUUUGUUAGACGCAAGUUAUUGUUGGAAACGCUGCAGCUUACAAACAUUGUCAUUAUUAGCACCAUCCAAUUAUCACCACCAUCAUCAAUCUAUAUGGUUACAAUUAAUAAGCAUCAUCAUCAUCAUCAUCAUUAAUAAGCAUAAUGAACAUCAACUAACAUCAGCCAGUAUAUCAUUGCAACCAAUCACAAAUCAUCAUCAAUCAUAACAAUCAUAAUUAUCAUAAUCAAUCAUUGAAAAUCAUCAUCAGUCAGUGAAUCAUUCAUUAUCUUAAAUCAUAAAUAAUAAUUGAUCAUCCUAAACCAUAUCAUAAUUUAUCACCAAUGAAAGUUGUAACCAUUCAUAACCAGUCAACAACAUCAUCAAUGAUCAUAAAUUAUCAUAAAUCAUCAUCAUAAUUUAUCACAAAUCAUAAUCAUAAAUCAUCAUCAUAAAUUUUCAUAAACCAUCAUCAUAAAUUUUCAUAAAUCAACAUCAUAAAUUUUCAUAAAUCAUCAUCAUAAAUUUUCAUAAAUCAUCAUCAUAAAUUUUCAUAAAUCAUCAUCAUAAAUUAUCAUCAAUACUCAUCAAAAAUUAGCAUAAAUCAUCAUCAUAAAUUAUCAUAAAUCAUGUGCAAUCGUCAGAAAUCAUAACCAGUCAACAUUGCCAGACAAUAGUAACUAUUCCACAAUUAAAGUUAAAACUCUCCCUUUAAUUGAAUUGAAAACUGUUUUAAAGCAACGAAAGUCACAAGCACCCCAAAGAAAGGUGGCCUUUGAGGGGUUUAGACUCCCCACUGAUUGCUGAAAAUACAAACACUAAAGAAAUGAACCACCAAUCGAUUUUCUUUUUAUUCAGUCUUAGCCCCCCUCCCCACCUCUUUUAGACCCCUCUCUUUUCUCAAUGGUGCCUGACUUAGACAUACAGUUACACAGCCGAUGCCUUUUUUACCAACUCCAUCAUCACAUCGACAUUGUAACCAUGUUUGCUGCCUCUAUUCAACAAUGCUCAAUUUUUAUUUCUUUAUUAUAGAAUUUUUAUCACUUAUAGUCAAUGAGAAAUCCAA